AGUUUAGCGCUGGGCUGGUGAAGGCAGGGGAAAGCUGGAGCAGAUCUGUGCUGGACCAGAUCAGAUCUGUGCAGGACACCGGUGCAUCGCUCUGCUGCAGCCUCCACGGACUCCUUCAAGGGAUAAGGGGAGAAAAAAUCAUAUUAAAGUGCUUGAUGCGCAAUUGCGCGCCGCGGACUAUUUUGAACAGCGCAGACGGGCGAGCUCUCCCAAUGUUUCCCGGCUUCUUUUGUGGAUGUUUUAUCUGUUGAAUGGCUCGGAGUUGGACACUGUAGCCCCCCUGAACUCGCACCUGGACCUAUUUUUCCCGUGCUUCCGUUUCCAAGGAGAUAAUCAUCAUCUUUCCCAGGAGGAGGAGAGGUUGGGGAGGUGGGGACGCAGCUCGCUCGGUGUGAUCCAGACCGGGACGAUGGCGUGGCUGGCCGCUCUGCUCGCCCUGCUCGCCCCGCUCCUCCUGCUCCGGCCGGUCCGAGCCUUCGGGGAGGAGGUGGAGGAGACGACCUGCUACCCCAUCCGCAUCAGCAUGUGCCAGGGUCUGGGCUACAACGUCACGAAGAUGCCCAACCUGGUGGGCAACGUGCUGCAGUCGGACGCGGAGCUGCAGCUCACCACGUUCACGCCGCUCAUACAGUACGGCUGCUCCAGCCAGCUCAAGUUCUUCCUUUGCUCGGUGUAUGUGCCCAUGUGCACAGACAAAGUUCCCACCCCCAUCGGGCCGUGUGGUAGCAUGUGCCUGUCUGUCAAGAGGAAAUGCCUCCCAGUGCUCCACGAGUUUGGCUUUAUAUGGCCUGAGGUGCUCAACUGCAGCCGCUUCCCACCUCAAAAUGACCACAACCACAUGUGUAUGGAGGGUCCAGGGGACGAGGACCCGCCUUACCCGCCGGUCCGCUCUCCUCCCCACGAGCAGGAGUGUCAGGCCCUGGAGUCUGCACCUGACCAGUAUACCUGGCUCAAACAGACUGAAAGCUGCGCUCUCCAGUGCGGCUAUGACAGCGGCCUCUACCGACGGGGGGCCAAAGUCUUCACAGAUGCGUGGAUGGCGGUCUGGGCCGUCCUGUGUUUCCUCUCAACCACCUUGACGGUCCUGACCUUUCUCCUGGAUUCCCAGCGUUUCUCGUACCCCGAGAGGCCCAUCAUCUUUCUGUCCAUGUGCUGUAAUCUGUACAGCGUUGCCUACCUGGUACGACUGACUCUCGGGAGGGAGCGCGUUUCCUGUGACUUGGACGCCACAGCGGUACCAAUUCUGGUGCAAGAAGGAUUAAAGAGCACGGGCUGUGCUAUAGUCUUUCUCCUGCUCUAUUUCUUUGGCAUGGCCUCUUCACUCUGGUGGGUGAUCCUGACCCUCACCUGGUUUCUGGCGGCUGGACUGAAGUGGGGCCACGAGGCUAUUGAAAUGCACAGCUCCUACUUUCACAUAGCAGCCUGGGCCAUCCCAGCGGUGAAAACCAUCGUCAUCCUCAUCAUGAGACUGGUGGAUGCAGAUGACCUGACGGGGCUGUGCUACGUUGGUAACCAGCAGCAGGAGGCUCUCACGGGUUUUGUGGUGGCGCCACUCGCCACAUACCUUCUCAUAGGAACUCUGUUUAUCUGUGCUGGACUUGUGGCUCUUUUCAAGAUCCGCUCCAAUCUGCAGAAGGAUGGUGCCAAAACAGACAAACUGGAGCGCCUGAUGGUGAAGAUCGGUGUGUUUUCCGUACUUUAUACAGUCCCUGCAUCCACCGUCAUUGGCUGUUACCUUUACCAGCUCUCUAACUGGGGGGAGUUCAGGGCCAGCACCCGGGACUCGUACGUAGCAUCGGAAAUGCUUCGAAUCUUCAUGUCGCUGCUUGUAGGCAUCACAUCAGGGAUGUGGAUAUGGUCGGCAAAAACGCUCCACACCUGGCAGCGCUGCUCCUCUCGGCUGCUCAGAGAAAGCCGGGCGAACCGAGGUGGCAAGAGGGCACCGGGCGAGGGCUGGAUCAAACCAGGGAAAGGCAACGAGACUGUGGUGUGAAGGGAAAGCCAGAGAGAGAGAAAAUGGACAGGAAUUUUGUUCUGCAAGUUUCUCUCCCCCCCUGUGCAGAAGCUCACUCAGCCAAAUGAAGGAUGGAGAGAUGAGAGGAGGAUAUUAAAAAAUGUGACACAGGACCGUAGCAGGACUUUUUAAAGAGCCACUGGGGAAAGCAGCAUCACAUGAGCCCCCUGACAGUUCCUUACUCUGUGCCUCUAAUAAGGGUUAUGAAGGAGAAAAUUGGAAGACUGAGUCAUUGAGUAGCAGCAGCAGUCGCCUCUACCUCUGUUAGACCUGUGUUUCUCAGAGAGGUGGACGAAGCAGAGCAUUCAGCAAAAAGAGAGACAGCAAAGGCAAAACGGAAGCAACAGUAUGCAGACAAGAUAUACCAAUAAGCUGUGUAGCAUCAUGUCUACCUCUGCCUCUCUUUUCCUCCUCAGCAGAAGAAUCUGAAACUGUUGAAUACAGUAAACCUGUAUGCAUUUGUGUCUUUUAAGGGUCUUUUGAAGUUUGAACUUUUACACUGGAGCAGAUAUUAUACAGAUGUAGACUGACGUUUCCCAGAAAUACCUGACACCCUGAGAAUUUCCUCAAUUAAUUGAAUUUUGAAAAAAUUAAAUAGCAGGUUGAGUGUAAUGAAAAUCUUUUACCGUUGUGAAUUUUUGGGAAACUAGCUCUAAGCUGUGAUAAUGCACUAUAAUUGUAUAAUAGGUGAGCCAUCUACAGUUUUCAUUGUGAAUGGUGCAAGAAAUAUUGUUACAAAUAUUGUGAAGACAAAGCUGCGAGGUAUGCAUACCACAAGUACCUGUUGUGAUUUCUGUUGCACCAUAAAUUGGCCUUAGUUUCACAUCAUGGGUGUGUGAGAAGCUCAGCUCACCAAGACUCUAACAUAUCCAAAGACGUGCAGUCUUCCUGGAAAUCCUGUCCUGUAUGUGCUCUUGAAAUCCAGGAAAUGUAAUAAUUGCUCCUGCCCCUUUCCCUACACUGGAUCAAAGGCAGGUAGAAAGAAAGAGAAGCAAUGGGACAAUCGGUUGCCAAAGUACACGUUAUGCAGCAGCAGGAGACUGUCACACAGUUGUGCCUUUUGUAAAUGCACAUUCAGCACCGUGCAUGAGUUGUGGUAUAUAAGCUAUUGUCACAUUGAUGCAAAGCGCAUCGGGAGACGUCACAUUUGGCAUUAAAAACAUUUCCUCAAGUGUGCUUCCACAUAGAUAAGUUAUUUCAAGCAUCUUGCAGAACUUAGAGAAUGUUGCAGGUUGAUAACUUAUCUGUCAAACUAAAGUCUCCUCCUCUGGACUGUGUGAUAUUAAGUCACAUAUCUGUCUGAUGCUCUCAUUGGUUGUCUGCCAGCAUGCAUCUUUUUAGCAACCCCAGUACAUCAAAGUCCAUUCCCGAGAGUUGUCUCUGGAAGAGAUUUUUGUACACUUAAAAAUUUCAUGGAUGACAGAAAUGAGAUUUUAGCUGCAGGCCUUUCCCAUUUAUUUUUUUUUACUUGCAGCUUUACACACAAUUGGUUUCUGGUUCUGAUUUGUUCUGUCCCAUGGUUUCCAAACCCUGCGACUGCUUCUGUGUAUGUUUUUUUUUUUUUCUGCCUGACAAUCUAUUAAGCAAAGCUCUUGCAUUGCAGUGAGUCUUUGUAUCUACAAUAUGCUGUAUGAUGUGUGUCACAUUAGGUCUUCCACAGUUCAAUAGGAUAAUCUCGUUUUGGGAAAUUGACAUGUAAUGGAGUUAAAGGAAUUUGAAUCUUUGUCCUUCUGUGUGUCCUCUUUAACCAGAUAGUGCCUCACCUAGCCUGUUACAUCAUUUUUAAUGCAAUGUUUAGGGUAGGACAAAAGAAGAAAAAAAAAUGGGGCGCCUUUUCCCCCCAAACAUGGAAGUUCUGGUGAAACCUAGAACUUCGGGACAAGAAGAAAAAAGCAAUGUUUCUCAAAUCGGCCUACCUUAAAACCCUUAUUAAAUUUCCAAAGCCAAACAAACAUUACCUUCACUUAAAGUGAAUUAAAUUAACCUCUGACCACCUCCCCUCGGAGCUAAUGUGGUUUCCCUCUUAACCCGUCUUAAUGUUUUGGCUGCCUCCUCUCUCGUGACCACACUGAGCUUCAGGUGACAUUUCCAAACAAUCGCAUAACGUGCCUCGAAACUGCACAAGUGUGCCCAACACUUAACCACUGGCAAAUGAGAUUUGUAAAUGCUUUUGAGAAACCCACAUAUGAAUCACCGCUGAUGUCAGCUCUCCAGCACAGAUUGUAGCCUUUAAGGUUUGGACCGCUCCCUCGUGUAGAACGCUUGUUGUCUUGACAAUGUCAUCAAUGUAUUAAUUUAUCCUUGUAAGUAAAAAAAAAAAAAAAAGAAAAAAAAAGUGACAAAGGUUUUAAACUUGUUUAUUUAAAAAAAACACACUUUUGUAUC